CCACCACUUCCACAUUCGCCAUCCGAAUCGAAAAGCUGCAGGUCGAGUGCGCGGAAUCUUUUUGUGCCCACUGUUAAUACACCUUUGGCUGAUUCUCCACCAUACAUCAGUCCCUUGGUUUCAGAUCCUCAAUGUCUCACGAAAUCAUCUGCCGCUGCUGCUAGCUGGAUACAGUCAGUGAACACAGAAGGGCUGACUAAAUUAAUGUCGCAGCUUGUGCUCCCUUGCCUUCAAAUUUGCCUUUCUAGGUGCAGUAAGCGCGUAGAUCUGCCCAAGGGAGAGAAGAAAAGAUCACAUACUGCGGAUCACAGCAAAGGUGAUAAAAGAAUGUCGGAGCAGGAGCUAGCAGCCGCAGACGCGAUCAAGAGAGAGCUUUUCGGAGGCCCCCCUGCCCCGUUCACCGAAUCAAAUAUCCGACCCUACCAACGCAUAGCCGAUUCGCACUUAGAUCAGACAUCCAUUGGAGACUGGCUUGCAUUGUUUGUGUAG